AUGCCGUGGAGACUUGUGGCGACGGAUAACGGUCCAAGCCUUGGACUCCAAGGGGAAGAAAGACUUCCGCCCGAUGUUGGCCAGCACGUCGACUUCUUCAUUCCAUCUGGCUCCUUCAUGGCCCGGACACCAAUGGAUGUCGGCUCUGACCA